CAAACAAACCGCAAGGAGCAACAGUCUCCCGAUCACCAGGCUAAAUAGAAAGCUGUUGGUUCUGCACACUUCCUGUGCUGUGCAGCUCCAUGGAUGUAUCAUGUUGUGACUUGAGUCUCACUGAGCUGGUUCCUCCGUCACAGAGCUGCAGUAUGACUCGUCGUGUGGCAGUGGUUGGAGCAGGGAGCUCAGGUCUGGCCUGUAUCAAGUGCUGUCUGGACGAGGGGCUGGAGCCCGUCUGCUUCGAGAGCAGUGAUGACAUGGGUGGUCUGUGGAGGUUUAAGGAGAAUCCAGAGCCAGACAGGGCCAGCAUCUACCACUCUGUCAUCAUCAACACCUCCAAGGAGAUGAUGUGUUUCAGUGACUUUCCAAUCCCUGCACACUUCCCCAACUACAUGCACAACUCCCUCAUCAUGGACUACUUCCAGAUGUAUGCUGAUCACUUCCAGCUCACCAAGCACAUACGCUUCACUACCAAGGUGUUGCAGGUGAAGCAGAGGUCAGAUUUUUCUCACUCAGGUCAGUGGGAUGUUGAAACAAUGAACAAGGACGGCAAAAAGGAGAAACACAUUUUUGAUGCAGUGAUGAUCUGUAUUGGACAUCACUGCCAACCCAACCUGCCUCUCCAUGACUUCCCAGGCAUUGACACUUUCACAGGGAAGUACCACCACAGCCGAGACUACAAGACUCCGGAGGAGUGGAGGGAUAAAAAGGCUGUAGUGAUUGGAAUAGGAAACUCUGGAGGAGACAUCGCUGUGGAGCUGAGCAGAGUCACCAAACAGCUUUACCUGAGCACUCGACGGGGAGCCUGGAUUCUGAACAGAGUUGGGGACAAUGGGAUUCCCCUUGAUUUGAAUUUUAACAGGGCGAUAAACUGUCUACAAAAAAUUCUUCCCUUCAAUGUUUUCUGUAGUCUGGGAGAGAGUCAACUCAACCGAAGAUUCAAUCACAGUCUGUACAAUCUCAAGCCAAAGCACAGGUUGUUCAGCCAACAUCCCACAAUGAACGAUGAGCUUCCAAACUGCAUCCUAUCUGGAAGGGUUCAGGUGAGACCCAACAUCUGCAGGUUUCAUGGAUCCAGUGUGGAGUUUGAGGAUGGGAGUGUAGUGGAAGAUGUUGACCUGGUGGUGUUUGCCACAGGUUACAGGUUUUCCUUUCCAUUCCUGGCCUCACACGUGGUCUCAGUGUCUGAGAACAAAGCAUCUCUGUACAAGUAUGUGUUUCCUCCUGAGUUGGACCGACCAACACUGGCCAUCAUUGGUCUAGUGCAGCCACUGGGAGCCAUCAUGCCCAUCUCUGAGAUGCAGGCCAGAUGGGCCACACGGGUCUUUAAAGGCUGUGUCAAGCUUCCCUCAGUGACUGCCAUGAUGAAAGAUGUCCAGUGCAAGCAGGAGACCAUGGCUAAAAGGUACGUCACCAGUCAGAGACACACCAUCCAAGUCGACUAUGUCAGCUACAUGGAUGAGAUAGCGGAGCUGGUGGGGGUUCAGCCCAACAUCCUGAGGCUGCUGCUGACUGAUCCCAGGCUGGGUCUGAACCUGAUGCUUGGUCCCUGCACGCCGUAUCAGUAUCGUCUCAGAGGGCCAGGAAAGUGGGCCGGGGCCCGUCAGGCCAUCCUCACUCAGUGGGACAGAGUGGCUCAGCCCAUGCAGACCAGGCUCUGUGAUGAGCCCAAACCCAAGAGAUCAUUUAAGUGGCCUCUGAUUGGUUCAGCUGCUGCUGUGGGCUUGGCUGCAUACGUUCACAGGAACAACCUUCCAGCUUUCCUCCAAGAUCCCACUGCACUGCUGGACAAGAUAAAAGUCUACCUGCCUGCACAGUGAUGAGAUUCACACUCAGCUCUGAUCACUCUUUCAACACCUGUACGUGUGCAUUUAUGUCAUUUCUACACUACUACCCAACUCCUUAAAUGGACAAUACACUGAGAUACAGCAUGUCAGUCAAUGAUGGCACCACAUGGAGGCUUUAAAGGCCAGCUGGUGAUAUAAGAUGCUAACGGCUGUUAUUCAGUAUACCACCCUGUGUGAUUGCUAGUAUCCCAGUCUGCGACCUCUCACUUCUUGACAAAGCUAUUUGCUCAUAGGUGAUAAACAGCUAUACAUCUACAGUUUUAACUUUUAUUCAUAGUGGAGUGAUACAUGUAUGUGUGUAGUCUUAGUUUCUUUUCAUUCAUCUUUCCAAGUAUAAACUUCAUUUUAACAUAGAUUAUAUCACAAUACUCUGCAUUGUGCCUGCCUCGUAUAGUUCUCAACAAAUCUGAUCAAUCUGGAUUUACAGAGUUAAAAUGAUGGAUAUCAGGGUUUAUGGUGCAUUACUUUGGACAGGAAGUAUCUAGUUUUUCAUUUUGUACUUAAUAUAUCAAAGUGUCAUUUAACUAAAAACAGUGCAAGAACAGCCAGAAGUCAUGCUUUUUAUUAUGGCUUUGUUUACGGCAUUGGAACAUGAAGAUGAGCUGAGCUGUACUUUAUGUCUUUUGCCUGGCGACAGUCAGAGGAGCCAUAUUGUUUUCAGGUUGUCUGUCCAUACGUCUCAUUCUCAUGGACACAAUAGCUCAAUAACACCUUGACAG